AAUCUUGAAAAAAAAUCGGCAUAUUUUCAUAUUUCCAAAAUGAACAGUGGUUUUGUGAUUCUGUUACUGUUUUCGUUCGUCUUUUCUGGAUUAUCAGUGGCUGAAGAUGUGAAUUUCUCAACGAUAAAGAUGUUCUAUUUCGCUCCUGAGCUUUCAUCGGAACUUCUUAUGGAUAAUGGCUCUGCUGAAUUGCCCUAUUUCAACGAAAGUGAACCUGUGAGGGUGAUUAUUCACGGAUAUAUCGCCGGAUACAAGCAUUUCUCAAUCUCUCCCGUGAGAAAUGCCUAUCUCUCGAUUGGGGCUCACAAUGUGUUCUGCGUGGACUGGUCAGAAGUGUCGUUUGGUUUCUACCCAACAGUGCGAUACAGAGUGGCCAAAGUGGGUUCGCACAUUGGUCAGAUGAUGAGGACGCAGAUCAUGUCACGCUACCCUGACAUUCCUCUGGAGCAGUACCACGUCAUCGGCCACAGUCUGGGCGCGCACAUCGCCGGAAACGUCGGCCGGAGCUUCAGCGGUCGCCUGGGCAGAGUCACUGGCCUCGAUCCUGCUCAUCCGCUCUUCAUGAGCGGCGACAAGGACUGGCUGUCGCCCUCUUCAGCGCUCUUCGUCGACACCGUGCACACUUCUGCCACCACUCUGGGCCAAAUAACGCCCACUGGCCACGCUUCCUUUUACCCCAACAACGGACUUCCUCCGCAGCCCGGCUGUCUUCCGCUGGACUAUAUGUCCUUCACGCACUGUAGCCACAUAAGAGCCACCGCUUACUUCGGAGAGUCCAUCAUCCACCCGAAAGGCUUCCCGGCCGUUCAGUGCGAUCUUGAGGUCAUCACGAAGGAUGAGACCAGCUGUCCGAAGCUUCGUGACGUGGACAAGAAAGUCUACAUGGGAGAAAAUGUGGACAGAACAGCCAGAGGCACUUAUUAUCUUCUGACUUACAGCAUUGCUCCAUUCUCUAAGGGAGCAAGUAUGUUAUAAUAAAAUAGAAAACAUGACAACAUUGUGUAAUUCAGAAAUUUGUAGUGAAACACCAAA